AUGGCAAACAACUCGAAGCCCUCACGGAUUGUGAAUCCUUUUGCCUUGGCUGGUAAUUUUAGCCCCAAUCAGACCUUGAAUCGACUUUUGAAAUUUCUGAAUUCGGUGCCAGGGACUGACAAGGUUUUAAUGUUUGUUCAGUAUUUUUCGAAAAUUAUCAUUUGGUUUCUCAGUCGUGUUGGAAAAGAGUCUUUGGCCGGACGUAUCGCCAAUAUUAGCUCCCCCGUCGGUGAUUUCAGGAUUCUCCUUCGCUAUUACGGACUGCUCUCUCUGGUUCAAUGGAUGAUUCAUAUUGAACAUCAUCCACCGGCAACAUCUCUUCUUCUUAACAUUGAACGUAUCCAGAAUCUCACCAUGGUUCUUUAUUAUCCACUCGAGCACAUUUAUUGGCUUGCAGCUCACAAGAAUUGGAAUCUGGAGCUGUCGUUUUUGGGCGGCCUACGUACUACUUCAAUUUUGGCAUCUCGCAGCGGAAUGGAAGUUGCUCAAGAAAAGACGGCGAGAUAUGAUCAAAAAAUCGAAAGGAUUUGGAGAGAAUCAAUCAUCAACGUUGGAUAUCUGCCUUUGACAGUACAUUGGUCAAUCGAGAAUUCAUCAUUUCCAGAUGUUGGUGUGGGUAUAUUCGGUACGAUAGCUGCUUUCUAUCAAUUACGUGGGGCGUGGAAAGGUACUACCGAGUGA